UACAAAGGAGUGUUGGUAUAUUCACUGUGUCAAGUGAAAUAUUUUUAUUUAUAAUAAAAACUUCAUUAUUACAAUGUUAUUGAGAGCUCAUCAUGGGAACACAAAUUCUGAAUGAUAUUUCACGUGAUUUAAAAUUAUUAAUAACAAGUAUCACGGGCUUUGAACCGCCAGAAGAAGGUUUUAGAAUAUGUGAAAAAUUCGUUGUGUCGAAUGUAAAGUAUCAUACGUAUUUAUCAACAAAUAGUAAUACAGUCAAGAAAUUAAUUAAAGAUGUAAAGGAAAAAUUUAUAAUACAUGCUAAGUACAACGUAGCAAAAGAGUUUGAAUUUCUUGUAGAUACUUUUCUUGGUUCCUUUAAUUUUGAUCAACAUCCUCAACCUGAUCUCCAAUGGUCUUUAUUGUACCUACUUCUUAGUUUAUCUAGUACUGAUACAAGUUCUGCUAAGACUGAUUAUUGUAAUAAAAAUUUAUCAUUGAUACAAAAAGAAAAGACAUUAACUUCAUCAAAUUCUGAAGAUAAUGAAAUAGAUGAAAUUGAUUGGAAAGAAUAUUUACAAGAAGGACAAGAAGAAUUUUUCUAUGAUUAUGGAGAAAAUGGAGAUAGUUCUGACAGUGAAUUUACUGAAUCGGGAGAUGAACAAGACAAAAAUAAAAAUAUUCACAUAGAAGAUGCUAUUGAUAAUGGAAAACAUGAUAAGCUAGCAGCAAACAAAGUUAAAUCCAAGAAAUUUUCUGAUAAAUACUACAAUUCUUUAGAUAAAUUUUCUAAAAUUGUUGAAUCUCAAAAAUGGCUUGAUAAAAAUAUCGAAAAUGGUUGGUGGCUUAGUGCUGUGAAUGAGAAGAGUGAAUGUACAGUUGUAAGUCAGCUUCCACAAGCUAAUCUGUGUAAAAUUUACGAUCAAGAAGUAUUGAACCAAUAUUAUCGAGUUACUGGUCUAAUAAAAGAAUAUCAAGCAUGUCAAGAGAUUCUCUGGAUGUUUCAUGUUCCAAUGGAUAUGACUAUUUACGAAAAAAUAGCUGAUCACUUUCGUGUUAGAUCAAAUAUUUCUAUUCCAAGUCUAACGCCAAUAGCAUUUAGAAGCAUCUGUUCAAAUUAUUGUGGUUUGUUUUCAGCAAUCCAAGAACUUUAUUCAUUUGAAGAAAACUUAUAUCGUUCGUAUAAGACACAAAAUGUUGAAGCAUUUCCUCCUUUGACAUAUGAUACAUAUUACGCAGUUGUUAAACAAUAUCUUAAUCGAAUGAAACGAAAAAUAAUUUCUAUCGAGAGUCAAGCAAAACAAGAAGAUGAUAUCGUAACACUUCUUACUCUAUCACAAGAUUUGAAAGAAAGUAAAAAAGAGCUUGAGAUGCUUUAUGGAAUUCAUAAAUUAAUGAACUUUGAAAAACUGGAAAAAGCUCCAAAUUGGGAAAAAGCAUAUCGAUUGAUAUCGAGUUUAUACAGAGAAAUGGAAAACUCGGGGAACGUUAAAAGAACCAAUUUAUGUGCUAAUUUAUAUAUCUCUAGUUUACGAGUUUAUUUGAAUAUUAUCGACACUUGGUUGAGUGAAGGAAGAUUAGAAGAUUUUAGAGAUGAAUUUUUAGCUUUUAAAGUCAACGAUUCUUCAAAGAAAUCAGAAAAUGAACAAAAUAUGACCUCAUUUUUAAUUCGUCGAGUAGAUGAUGGUUUAAAACCAGACCCAAUUAUGGAGAAAUUAUUUAAAAAAGUUGAAGAGUUAGGAAGAAGUAUUGAAUUACUUGUAACAUUGAACAGAAUAUCAGACAUGUGGCAACUUAAUCAUGAACAAUACAGUUCAAGAAUUCCCUUAAAUGAUGAAUUUAUAACUCAGGUACUGUGCGAAUUGGCAGAAUAUAGUUCAUCAUUUCCGUCUAUUGAUGAAACGGAUAAAAAUGAAGAGUCUGAAUCGACUGAUUCAAGAUCAGAAUCAUCAAGAAGUCAGAAAUUGAUGACAGGUCUGGAGGAUAAUCUCCAACAGCAAAUUCUAAGAAUAAAUAAUCCGUUUUUGAUGAAAGUCUUUCAGGAUUAUCUACCUCCAAUGAAUGUUUCAAUGGGUGCAGUAGUAAAUGUUACUAGCAUUGGUACUAUGAGUAAUGCUGUAGCUAUUAUUGAAGAUGCUGUUGAUGCACAAACAAAACAAAAUAAAUCACCAGUUGUUGCUGAUUGGGGAAUAAAAAUAUUCGAAAAGCUUCAAGCUAUUUCGCCGUUUAUUCUACCAAUUAGUAAAAUUUUAGAAAGUGUGCUUGAAAAAAUUUUAGAUCGAAGAUAUUCUUGUACAUCCAAGCUAGUUAAAGACAUUCUUAUUAAUGAGUAUAAAUUAGAGAAACAUUUGAAAUUGAUGCGAUCGAUUUAUAUGAUGGAACGAGGACAUAUAAUGAAAAAAUUCUAUCAUCAGAUGUUUCUAGAGAUUGAAAAUCAAUCAUGCUCUGUUGAACCAGAUUAUCUAUCCAAUAUUCUGGAAGAAACAUUGUGUGAUGAAUGGCGAGAUGCCAAUUCUAGUUAUCGAUGGUCUAUAACUUUAACAAAUAAUGUUACUUGUAAAGUACUGCAAGCGGUUGAUCAUACUACACUUCAUUAUGCAGUUGAUUGGCCAAUUAACAUGAUACUUACUGAUCAAGUAUUAAGCAAAUAUAAUGAGAUUUUCCGAUUCCAAUUAAAACUCAAGUGGGCCUUGUGGUCAUUGAGUAAUCUUAAUUUCAUUGAUCUUGAAAGUAAAAAUUCAAACGAAAUGAAGGAUCUGUUUUCUCAUUUUAAUGUACGGCGUUUAGAAUGUCUACGAUUUUGGCUUUUACAUGCCAUUGGAUCAAUACAUACUUAUCUUUCUGGUCAAGUACUUCAAAGUUUAGGAAUGAAUUUUGAACAGUCUAUAACUAGAGCUGAUGAUUUAGAUAGUAUUAUUCAGCUUCAUAAUAAUUAUUUAAAUAAAGUAUAUGAACAUUGUUUACAAACUGCUCAGUUUGAAGAUAUUAUUUCGACAAUUAAUGAUUUAUUAAAAAUGUGUGCUCAUAUAAGAAAGCGUUGGGAACGAGGAAUAAAACAACUUAUGCCUAAUGACUUGGAUCUUAUGGAAUCUAAUUACACUAAAUAUCAUACUUAUUUAGCUCUAGCAUUACACAAUGCGGUCCAACAUAAAGAAGCUAAUUAUUUGGCUGGAUUAGCAUCAGCUUUCAACUGUAGCAUGCCGACUACUAAUUAAAUAAGAUAUCAUUUUAAAUAAAAUAUAUAUGUAAUAUAUUUUUUCAGUUCAAUUUGAAGAACUUGAGGGAGUAAUAAUCGACCUAAAUCCGGUCCUAUCAUUAAUUAUUUAAUUGCCUAUUUUUUUUUAUUUUCCUUAUGUAUAUUAAUUUGUAAUUAACUAAUAGA